AUGACUUCUUGGUUACCACAGAACUUACAGAAACGAUUACUUCUCUACACUAUAAAGCAAGUCUCUUUGUUUUCCAAUGUUGAUGUGAGCAAUUUAGAUGUGUCCAUUGGAUCUCAAUCACAUUUCGGCUUCACCGAUAUUGAUCUCAAUGUAUGUGAAAUAAAUUUACCCAACAUCGAAGUUUUGAGUGGAAGAAUAUCUAAACUAAACCUUCAAUUAGCAGUUGCUGGCAACGUUGAAAUUAGUGGCGAAGGUAUGGUAUUCGUUUUAAAACCGGCCGAUGGUUUCUUUGAUGAUGAUUCAUCAGAACAGUGGGCGUCAUCUUUGACCAAAAGUGUGAUGGACAUGACCAAAUCCAUUUUAGACACGGAAUUGUCAGAAUAUCAGAGCAAAAUCUACAAAGACACAAAUGAAGAUAUCAAACCCCCAACUGCUCUAGAUUCUAUGAUGGAUAAAGUUCUGCGAGUGGCUCUCUCAAAAUUAACCAUCAACUUGAAAAAUGUUGAAUUACAAUUAAUAAUCUCCCCAGAGCUCAUGCUAAAGAUAUCCAUAUCUGAGGUCAAGAUGAUUUCUGCGGAUGAGAAGCGUAUUGCUGACGUUAUUGGCGUGUCGGCAGUUUUUUCUAAGCCCGAACAAUCAGUACCAAGCUAUGGAUCUAGUAGCAGCGAUAAAGAAGAUGACAACACAUCUGAUUCAGAAGAUCCACUCUCCACUAGCAUCACAUAUUCUAAGUUAGAAGCCACAUCUAUAUAUUUGAGUGCCAUGGAAAGCCUAGUAUUAGAUUCAUUAGAUGGGGAAACAUACCAAUUUCUAAACAUCGAUAAAAUAGAAGUUCAGUUUCAGGGGAUAACCUCGAUAAAUGAUUUGAAAGUCCAUGACCUCAAAAUCAAAAUAAAUGCUCUUGAUAUUCACCUAGAGAAUGUUUCCUCAAUUCUGAGCCACAUAAUGUCAUUAUUAAAUCACGUUCAGCUGUCCAAUUCGGAAGACAAGAUAAGAACUCAGGAAUUAAAGAGCUACAAACGCUUCCAACAUGAACAAAACAUCGAAGAAGACAAAACACUUACAUUUGUUCUUCUCAACAGCCUGAAAUUUCACUUGAGAGAUAACCUUUUCAUUAUGCUUACUGAGAUAUCUUUGAAUAGCAGCGUUUCUCCUUAUACGAGUGUUUCUAUAUCUGAUAUCCAACUUGUACUCGAUUCUAAAGAGUAUAUUAAUCGAUCAGAUUCUUCUGAACCAUUUCUAUCUUUGAAUAAAAAUAGUAGCACCUCCGAACAAAAGCUACAUUUGAAUAGAGACAUAAAGGUGGAAGUAGACUAUUCUUUGAUGAAACAACUCAUACUCUUUGCAAAUGAUUAUAUGUGUCUCUAUAAUCAGAUAAUAGAGAGACCUUCAACUUACGCAGAUCCAUCAGCAGAUCCGAAAUUUUUGCUGAGUUCACAAAAUGUUUGUUUUCUGCUAAAUCUAGGUGACUUAAUUAUGGAAUUCCAUUUCUCACCCUUCUUUUCAAAUAUUCCACACACUACCUUUAAAAUACCUAAACUAUCCAUAUUUUCAGUUCAAAACAAUGAAAAAAGUCAUAUAGGAGAAUUAACGGAUUUUGAAUUCCAUUCCAGAAAAAGCGGUUGUUUUAAUAUUUCAGGUGCGAAUAGUAAAUUUUGUGCAAGUAAUGUGAAUACCAAAACUAAAGCUACUCUAGAAAAUCUGGAGGUUUCUAUUUUAGAAUCAGAUAUGAAUAAGAUAAUUCAGUGUUUGAGUGGAGUUUUAGGAUCCCUUCCCGAACUCUUGUUAAGCAGCGGCGAAACUACGUCAUCAAAAAAUAUGGAGAAAAGGAGCGUUAGAAUGAUGCAGUCCUCAGCAUUCCUUCAUAACAGAACAGCUUUGUCAAUGUUUUGCGUACAAAUCAACUGUAUGAAAAUCAAAAUAUCAAAUAUCUCAGGGAAGGCUUUCGGUGAUUUAAUGAUCACUGCGAGAAAGUCUUUAAUUUAUCAGGAUAAGUAUAGCGACUUAUCAAUCUCUUUCACCGAAUUUACUGCUCAACGCCAAUAUCGUUCGGAAAAGACUGAUAUUAUAUUCGAUAUUAAUCAUGAUUCCAAUAUAGCAAAUUUCGUUAUCAAUAGGACGAAGGUGGGGAAAAUCAAGGCAUAUUUAACUGGCGUAGGGAUCUUCAUUCAUACAAAAUGGAGCGAGUUGUUUUCUGGUCAAAAGACAGAAAACUCUAUAAAUGAACAGAAAAAAAAUGCAAAAACUCUAGUUUCAAUCCCUAUAGAUAUCAAACUCUACGAUUGUGCUUUAUCAUUGAAACCAUGUCGACUCUCUACAGGAUUGGCUAUUAAUAUACCUAGGGCUCAGAUUAAUAUCACUAAAAAUGAAAUUACCCUAUCAACUAAAAUUUUAGAUCUAUUGCUAAUAGAUGAUAUGAAUCUAAUCCAUGAAACAGAUUUGGGUCAUACCACAUCUACUUCAAACUGGUAUGAAAAGCAAGGGUAUUCAUCAUUAGUUAAAAUCGACACACUUUCAGUGAGGUUUUGUCCAGGUGGUGUUGCAUCUACUAGAGUCAAUGUCCAUAAAAUUGAUAGUUCCAUCUGUUCGGACUCUUUUAAUGCUUUAAUCCAAACAAUAAUUGAUCUUAAACCUGUUGUGACAUAUCCAGAGAACGUCAAAUACCAACUUGAACCUGAACUAGUUUCAGUUUUUGAAGACUUAACAGACCAGUAUUUUACAACGGCUAGGAUAUCUGAAAAUGAUCUAGAGAUAUAUCCAGACACUUAUUCAAACUCAGGAGAAUCUCUGGUAUUUGAAGAAAACUAUUUCUCUCCAAAGUUAGAAAGCCCAUCAAAAAAUGAGGUAAAUAUGGCUGUAUUCGAAAUCUUAAGCAACGUCAAGAUUUCGGUCGAUGAAAUAAAAUUAAAACUUUAUGAUGGAUAUGACUGGAAGCAUACACGUAAAGAAAUAAAUAGUGCUGUUGAACAAUUAGAGGAGAACUUCAAAGAUGGACUUAGCUGCCCGGAUGCUAAAGUUUUUGACUCCAUAUAUAUUCCUGCUCCAAGAGACGAGGAUGAAAACAUCAAAUCGAACAUAAAUAUGAAAAUCCACAAUGAAGAAACAAAAGAAGGUAAAAUGAAACUUAGACCAACUAAAAAAUAUAAGAUUUUAAUUCAAGGAAACGGGAUAAAAGUAAAUAUCCAAAGUGGAAAUGAUGAACUUCGGACCACAAGUACUCUCCCAUUGUCAGAUAAUACUUAUGAUAUUUUGAAUGAAACUUCCGUACAAAUCAACAAUCUUGAGAUUGUUGAUAACUUACCAACUUCUACAUGGAACAAGUUCCUUACUCGAACAAAACUAAAAACAACAAAUACCUUACAGCAGUCUCCUAUGUUUUCCUUAAGGUUUACAAUGAUACGCCCAACCCCACAUCUUUAUGCCACAGAGUUAAUUUUUAGCGUCCACGUAAAGCCUAUCAGCUUACAUGUCGAUCAGGAUGCUCUAGAAUUUUUGACUCUUUUUUUCCAGUUCAAGGAUCCCAGAUUUGAGCUUAUAGAUGAUUACCCAGAUAUACCAUACAUCCAGCGAUUUGAAAUUAAUUCAGUUAAGAUACUACUUGACUAUAAACCGAAGAAGGUGGAUUAUGUGGGAUUGAGAUCAGGGAAAACAAAGGAAUUCAUGAAUUUUUUUAUUCUUGAUCAAGCAAAAAUCAAUCUUAAACACGUUAUCCUAUACGGCAUUGAUGGGUUUUCCAGACUUGAGACAAUUUUAACAGACAUAUGGACUCCUGAUAUAACAAAAACUCAACUUCCUGGAAUUUUAGGUGCCUUGACACCGUUCAAACCGUUCGCAGGACUCUCAUAUGGAGCCCGAGCCUUAGUUUCAGUGCCUACUGAACAAUAUCAACAGAGUGGUAGACUUGGAACCAGCCUUCAAAAAGGUGGAAUGGUAUUUUUGCGUACUACAGGCGGAGAGUUUGUUAAAUUAGCUGUGAGAUUAACCUCUGGAACCCAGACCAUCCUAGAAAGUACAGAAAAACUAUUGGGAGGACAAGGAAGCAACGGAAGAAAUAUUAAAAUAAAACUAGUAGAAGGGGAUGAAAUUGUUGAUGCUUUCAUCGAUGAGUCUAUAUUAAGAUCAACGACAUUAUUCGACAACACAGCAAACGAUAAUAAUCAUUUGGAUGUCAUUUUACCCCAGGGAGAUACCCAGAAAGUUAUUAGUUUGUAUGCAGAUCAGCCUAAAGACUUUUACUCGGGUCUACAUGAUGCAUAUUCAUCUUUUGGCCGUAAUCUCAAUAUCACAUUUGAUAGCAUGAAACAAGCUAAAAAUGACAUCAAAACUGCGAAUGGGGCUCAAGAAGCAGUCUCUACAGUGGCCAAAGCUGCUCCACUUGCAUUAAUAAGACCUCUCAUAGGUGUUACCGAGGCACUGUCAAAAACGUUGCAGGGUUUGAACAACCAGUACGAUCAAGAAGAAAUUGCACACAUUGAAGAAAAGUAUAAAUCAAGCAACUAA